AUGGUGGGUAGCGACGCUUACCUACAGUCUGCGCCGCCACGCUUACCUACAGCCUGCGCCGCCACGCUUACCUACAGCCUGCCCCGCCACGCUUACCUACAGCCUGCGCCGCCACGCUUACCUACAGCCUGCCCCGCCACGCUUACCUACAGCCUGCCCCGCCACACUUACCUACAGCGUGCGCCGCCACACUUACCUACAGCCUGCGCCGCCACACUUACCUACAGCCUACACCGCCACACUUACCUACAGCCUGCGCCGCCACACUUACCUACAGCCUGCCCCGACACACUUACCUACAGCCUGCGUCGCCACACUUACCUACAGCCUGCCUCGCCACACUUACCUACAGCCUGCGCCGCCACACUUACCUACAGCCUGCCUCGCCACACUUACCUACAGCCUGCGCCGCCACACUUACCUACAGCCUGCGCCGCCACACUUACCAACAGCCUGCGCCGCCACACUUACCUACAGACUGCGCCGCCACACUUACCAACAACCUGCGCCGCCACAGUUACCUACAGACUGCGCCGCCACACUUACCAACAGCAUGCGCCGCCACACUUACCUACAGACUGCGCCGCCACACUUACCAACAGCCUGCGCUGCCACACUUACCAACAGCCUGCCUCGCCACACUUACCUACAGCCUGCCUCGCCACACUUACCUACAGCCUGCGCCGCCACACUUACCAACAGCCUGCGCUGCCACACUUACCAACAGCCUGCGCCGCCACACUUACCAACAGCCUGCCUCGCCACACUUACCUACAGCCUGCCUCGCCACACUUACCUACAGCCUGCGCCGCCACACUUACCUACAGCCUGCCUCGCCACACUUACCUACAGCCUGCGCUGCCACACUUACCAACAGCCUGCGCCGCCACACUUACCAACAGCCUGCGCUGCCACACUUGCCAACAGCCUGCCCCGUCACACUUACCAACAGCCUGCGCCGCCACACUUACCAACAGCCUGCGCUGCCACACUUGCCAACAGCCUGCCCCGCCACACUUACCAACAGCCUGCGCUGCCACACUUACCAACAGCCUGCGCUGCCACACUUACCAACAGCCUGCCCCGCCACACUUACCAACAGCCUGCGCCGCCACACUUACCAACAGCCUGCGCCGCCACACUUAA